UAAUCAAGUUAAAAAAAACCAACAACUUAAAUUAAUGUUUAUAUCCGAUAUCGGUGUGACGCAAUCUGACGUCAUGCGUCGUUACCUAGCAACGGUGAGCAAACAAGAAGUACCGGACAGCAGUGACGGCUGAGAAUGCGACAGGAAUCGUCCAGCUGAACCUCAUCUCACACAUCUUCAGGUGUUGUAAAGUGUGACGUGCUCCAGAUGGCCGGUACAGUGAUUUCGGAGCGCUUGCCCCCGCUCAUUGACCCGUCUCGCAUUCCGGUGGCUUUCGGUAACCGCGCGGUCCCGAGGCUGAUGUCGGAGCUGCAGGAUGAGGAACCUAAAAUACGCCAGGGGGCGCUGUGUUCCCUCUGUGACCUUCUGCACGACCCGGAGCGGGCUUACGAGGCCCUGCAUCACGUAACGGCUCGAUCGCAGGAACGUGUACAGCGGACGCGCCACAUAAACAACAGUGUGAGGUUUUCUUUAAAAAAAACAAACAUUUAUGGAAGGAGUCUUCAGAGUCAGUGUUGUGUAGCAGUCAAAGGUUGUUUAGAGAGACUGAAGGUGUUGCUGAAGGAUGACGACGGCUUGCUGAGGACAAAAACGUGCGAGGCGCUUUAUCAGCUGGUCACACACAGCGUGGGAAGAGAGGCCGUUCUGCAGUGUGACGCACUCGGGCCUCUGUCGGAGCUUUUAGACGAGCCGGAGGACGCCUGCCGUGAGAAGGUGCACCAGGUGUUGAAGAUGAUGUCGGAGUUUCCUGCAGGUGUGGUGCGUAUGAUGUCUCUCGGUCUGGUGCCGAGGCUGGUGAUGAAGGUCCCGGUGGAGAGUGAGGACAUCAGGGAGCUCGUCCUGUCCACGCUGAGCCGCUGUAUGAGACUGGACGCUCUUCCCGCUCUGGCCAGCAACGCCCUGCCCGUCCUGAAGGAGCAGCUGAACCACCCGUCUACGCACAUCCGCCGCGCCGCGUCCGCCGGCGCCAUGGCCAUCAGUGUCCCUGCAGAGGGGAAGGUGAGGGUGUGUGAGGAGGAGGUCAUCCCCGUGUUGGUGAAGCUGCUCUCGGAUGACGACACGGAGGUCAGAGCCAACGCCGCCGGAGCUCUGAUGUACACCGCCGUCAUCACCCGAGGUAAAUACCAGGCUCUGGAGGCCGGCGCUGUUCCUCCUCUGCUGCGUUUGGUGGACAGCGAGGACGUAGCGUCGUGUGCCAACGCUCUCCGUGCGCUCACCUGUCUGGCCGAGGCCCCGAGCGGCCGAGCUGGACUGAUCCACAACCUGCCUCAGCUGGAGGCGCGACUGAGCCACCCGGCCUCCAUCAUACAGAAAGCUGCAGCCACCGCCAUCCGGGUCAUCUCCUGGACCCCCUGAGAGCGAGCGGAAGGAGAGAAUUUCAUGACAUCGGGAACCCCCCCCCCCGCUUCUGAUUAAACUAUUUGACAUGAUGGAUUACAAACAAGACGUUUUGUGCUCUGUUAAAGUUAACUCCUUUCAAAUAGCUAGCAUUGUUGUUUUGGGGAAAAUUUGCUGAAAACACUGAUUCGGGGGCGGGGCCACACACAAGUUCAGUUAGUGAUGUCACACUACAAGCUUCUCCUUGCUUUGGACCAAUCACACCCAAUAUGCAAAUUAUUACAUUCCGAAAAAUAACCUGGAAACUUAUAGCUGCGGAAUCUAGCUAGCUACAGUAUGUAAGUUAGCUAACAUCAGUGAUGAACAAAGUCCUGGUUGUCAUGGUGACGUUAUAUUUUGUCAGGUUUGUUCGCUUUUGAAUAAAUCAGUCAGAAAAUGACACAAAUCGA